AUGGAGGUGCAAUGGGCUAUGGUGAAGCACCAGGAGCUCGCUGCCAAGAAGAAGUCCCAAGCGAACCGGAAACUAAUCUUUGCCCGUGCCCAACAGUACUCCAAGGAGUACGAAUCCAAGGAGAAGGAGCUCAUCCAGUUGAAGAGGGAUGCGAGGAAGAAGGGUGGGUUCUAUGUCAGCCCAGAGCCUAAGCUUCUGUUCAUCAUCCGAAUUAGAGGUAUUAAUGCUAUGCAUCCGAAAACACGAAAGAUCUUGCAACUUCUCCGACUAAGACAAAUCUUCAACGGCGUGUUUUUGAAAGUUAACAAGGCCACAAUUAACAUGUUACGAAGGGUGGAGCCCUAUGUCACAUAUGGGUAUCCUAAUCUCAAGAGUGUCAAAGAAUUGAUUUACAAGAGGGGAUAUGGAAAACUAAACAAACAGCGGAUUCCUUUGACCGAUAAUUCAAUCAUUGAGCAGGGUUUGGGUAAAUAUGGUAUUAUCUGUAUUGACGACCUCGUUCAUGAAAUCGUGACCGUCGGCCCUCAUUUUAGGGGAGCAAACAAUUUCCUCUGGCCCUUUAAGUUGAAGGCACCUCUGGGUGGCCUUAAAAAGAAAAGGAAUCACUAUGUUGAGGGAGGAGAUGCAGGGAACCGUGAGGACUACAUCAAUGAGCUAAUUAGGAGGAUGAACUAA